GUCUCCCGCCGAGGGGAAGCUGGAGCAGCAAGUGACCGGAGCCACCCCAGCGAAGGGCGCGCCCGGCACACUUAUUCUGCCCCGGAGCAGCUUCGGUGCCCAGCCCAACGCCGACAGCCGCCGCGGGAUGCUGCGUUCCACGUCCACGGUCACCCUGCUCUCGGGCGGCGGCUCCAAAGCACCCGGGACGCCCAGCAGAAGGGCAAAUGUCUGCAGACUGCGGUUAACCGUGCCACCUGAGAGUCCAGUUUCCGAGCAAACUGAAAAGAAGAUUGAGAGAAGAGAGCAGCAUCCUGAACCAAGCAAUGGAGAACCUACCAGGAAACUUCCUCAGGGUGUUGUUUAUGGUGUGGUGCGAAGAUCUGAUCCAAAUCAGCAGAAAGAAAUGGUGGUGUAUGGGUGGUCCACCAAUCAGCUAAAAGAAGAGAUGAACUACAUCAAAGAUGUAAGAGCCACUUUGGAAAAAGUAAGGAAGCGGAUGUAUGGAGACUAUGAUGAGAUGAGACAGAAGAUUCGCCAGCUUACCCAGGAGUUGUCAGUUUCCCAUGCUCAACAGGACUAUCUAGAGAGUCACAUCCAGACCCAGUCAUCAGCCCUGGAUAGUUUUAAUGCUAUGAACUCAGCUUUGGCCUCGGACUCCAUUGGCCUGCAGAAAACCCUUGUGGAUGUUACUUUGGAAAAUAGCAACAUUAAGGAUCAAAUCAGAAAUUUGCAGCAGACGUAUGAAGAAUCGAUGGACAAGCUGCGGGAAAAGCAGAGGCAGUUAGAGGUGGCACAAGUGGAGAACCAGCUGCUGAAAUUGAAGGUGGAAUCUUCCCAAGAAGCCAAUGCUGAGGUGAUGAGAGAGAUGACCAAGAAGCUGUACAGCCAGUAUGAAGAGAGGCUGCACGAGGAGCAGCGGAAGCACAGCGCCGAGAAGGAGGCGCUCCUGGAAGAAACCAAUAGUUUUCUGAAAGCAAUUGAAGAAGCCAAUAAAAAAAUGCAAGCAGCAGAGAUCAGCCUGGAGGAGAAAGAUCAGAGGAUUGGGGAGCUGGACAGACUCAUUGAGCGCAUGGAAAAGGAACGGCAUCAGCUGCAGCUCCAACUCCUAGAACAUGAAACAGAAAUGUCAGGGGAAAUCACUGAUUCUGACAAGGAAAGGUAUCAACAGCUGGAGGAGGCAUCAGCCAACCUGCGUGAGCGGAUCAGACACCUAGAUGACAUGGUGCACUGCCAGCAGAAGAAAGUCAAGCAGAUGGUUGAAGAGAUCAUGUCGCACGAGCUCUUCUCCAGAUUUAGCCUCCGGCUCUUUGGAUGAUGAUACAGUGGUAGUCUGCUCUGGGUGGAAUCGAUUCCUUCUGCUGUUGGUGAAUAGAAGAACCCCCGUACUCCCUCUGCAGGAAGAGGUGGUAUUUAUCUGUGGUGAGCCAAGGAGUAAAACAGGAAGGACAUGCUAUUCAAAGGAAAAUUGAACCCUGUGGGUCUCUCACUUGUGAAAACACCCACAUACUGUACAACUUGAACAGCCUCAAACUGCAGAGUCCAGAGAGCUCCGAGAUCUACAGAGCAUUUUUUGGACAUUUAGGUUCUCAGACAUCAGGAAAGAACUGCAAUGGAAAAGACCACUAACAAUUAUUCAGGAAGCAUAGACUGGCCUUGGAUGUUGGAACAUGAAUCCUUCCUUAUGGAAAAGCUGCCGAGGACACCAGAUAAGGUGAUGGGAAGAGAACUUGAAGAACUUCAGUGCCCUGGGAAGGAAGUAUGCCCCACUGGAUCACACCCCAGAAAAGACCAGCAGCUCAAUGUCCCUGUAGAGUGAUUGCAUAUGGGAAGUGGCCUGCAGGUGUCCUUUCUUAACGGGUAUCAACACUCGUCAGCUCUCUUUCCUUGUUUGUUUAAGAAAAGUUUGCUUUGCUUCUAUCACUCUGGGCAUAUUGCCUGAUUGGACAGUUCAACAAACCUCAUGGAAAGGGAAGUAGGUCUGAUGAAACUAUUUGGCUAAAAUAUAUUGAAGUGAAAUAUACCUCAUGUAUGCUUUAUUUUUAUGGAGGUCUUUCUUGACAUCCACAGGUGCUGGGUUUUCAUCAAAACUUAACAGUGUUGCUGGGAACUAUCUGGUCAUAGCAGCAGCAUUCUUGGUGAAGGGGGUAUUAGCCUCAGUAAGCCAGUGGAUGGGGCUGAUGGAGGGAUCGUGGAGAGACCCACCACGUCUCUGACACUGGGUAGUUUUCUCCCUCCACAUCUCUGUGGCAAAGUGGGUAUAUAGAUAUUUUCUUGUCAGUAUUUGCCCUUUGUCUUUCAUUUUGAUGUUUCUGUUCAGCUGAAGCAAGUAGGGAGUGACUGGAAAAGGGCACAGAUGAAUAAUCUUCCACUUCUGAAAUGAGCUGCUGCCUACUGGCAUUACCCUGUGCAUGCUGCUCCAUUUAAACACGGACCCUACACACCCUGGGCAUCCAGACUUCCACAGGACCUGGAGUGCGCUUGAACAAUGGCUCAUCUAGAUGUCACUCUGUGGUGGUGACUUAUACUGUUUCCAGGGAUUCCUGCACUCAUCUCAUGUUUUUCUAAGUCUGAGGUGGAAGUGUCUUUGGCAUUUGUUCUAGUGGAAUAGAUUGAUUACCCACUUUCAAAAGGUGCAAUAAUCAGAAUGAAGGGGGUCCCAUGACCUUCAGAGAAAGUGGAGCACCCAGCUGAGGCCCCCAGGUUGGCGUGCUCCCCCUGUUUCUUCUCUCUUUGGGAUAUGGACAGUCCUUGGAGGCCAGGUAGGCCUUGUUUUGUGGAGCAAAUAGUGAAUACAAGCCGGAGCAUCCCUUUUAACCUUAGAGUAUCUCCUAAAUGUUAUGCCCUGGAGCCUCAUAAUACCUUCCUCUCGUCCCCACCCCAGUCCUGGGUUAAUUUGUGACCUUCUUAAAUCUGUGUUCCUUCUUCACAGGACCUACAUUGAGCUGCUCUGCUCUACCUUUGCUGGUGUCCCCCAGUUCACCUCUUUCUUUCCUAGACUGUGAUGUGAUGUGAACUUGAAUUACUGCCUAUCAAAAACUGAGUUGUGUGUUCAAACCAGCCCCAUCCCUGUCCUUAACUGGACCCUUAGACUUGAUCCCUGAGACAUAUCUCCUGGACAUUCAUGCUCCCACCCAAAGGAGGUGCUCCACAAGAGCUUGAGGCAGAAUUUAUGGUACAUGAAAAUGUUAGAGUUUUGAAUCUACUGUUUAAUUUAGUAUUAGUUACAUCCUUAUUUUAAAACCUUAAUACUUUUUCCAAAAUGUGAACCUUUUAGAAGGAGCACAAUUGUGCGGAUCUUUGUUCUCUAUGAAUUCUAGAAAGAGCUAUCACAGGUGCACUUGAUGAUAGGGCUUGAUUAAUGUUUUCUUGGUACCAGUGUCUUCCCUAGGGAGAAGGUCUUUUCUUGGGAAAUGUCACAGAAUCCACAUUCUCUUUAUUGAAUUUGUUUCUCAUUGGCUUUGGACUAGUUCUCAGAGACUUGGCUGACCAGUUCUUGCCCCUAGAAAAUAUGUGAGACUGAGUAGUUCAUGUUCCAGGUCCCUACUAGUUGUUGAGCGUGUCUCUUUUCUCAAGGCUAUGUAUACAGACCUCACAUUCCCACCUAAACACUCUGAGAAGUAUUAAUUACUCAACUGGGUAAGUCCAGGAAACUGAGGCUCAGAGUCUUACAAAAUAAGUAGCCAGUAGUCUCUCAGCAAAUAAUGGUGGUGCUGGUUCACCCCAAGGUCUUUGACUCUGAAGCUAGCCUUUCUUCUUCUCACUUUUUUGAUUGGGAAAAAAAAAUCAAGCUACAGAAAAUCAGAGAUAACAGUAAAACAAACCACCAUGUACCCUUUUCUAGAAUUAAAAAAUGCUGACCUUUUGGCAUAUUUUCGUUUCCAUUUUUUUUUAAAUAAAAGGAAACAUUUUGAUCUAUGAUAUAGAAAAUCAAUCGUAUUGUACAUAUUUUGCAACUUAGUCUUUUGUGUGUAUGUGUGUGGUACUGGGGAUUGAACCCAGGCGUGCUCUACCACUGAGCUAUAUCUGCAGCCCUUUCUUAAAUUUUGAAACAGGGUCCCACUAAGUCACUGAGGCUAGCCUUGAA